UUUAGCGUUAAUCCCCCCACCAAAAGCAAAGGAGUACAAAACUCUGCCCCGCCGCCCCACAUCACAGCUCCUUUCUCCUCCUCUUCUCUCUCCUCUAUCAAACAAUCCCACCCUCUCGUUGCUUGAACUCAAUCUUCUGCAACAUUCACAUUUCACAAAAUGACUUACGCACUCCCCCAGUCCCACAAGGAUAUGCUCGAGAAGUCUCUCCAGGAGACUGACCCUGAGGUCUACGAGCUCGUGCAACGCGAAAUCCAGCGUCAGCGUGAGAACAUUCCUCUGAUCGCUUCCGAGAACAUCACUUCGCGCUCCGUCUACGAUGCCCUUGGAUCAGUUAUGUCCAACAAGUACUCCGAGGGAUACCCUGGAGCCCGUUACUACGGUGGCAAUGAGCACAUCGACUCCGUCGAGAUCCUUUGCCAGGAGCGUGCUCUCGCCGCUUUCGGCGUCACCAGUGACAAGUGGGGUGUCAACGUCCAGUGCCUGUCCGGUUCCCCUGCGAACUUGCAGGUUUACCAGGCUAUCAUGCGCCCUCACGAGCGUCUGAUGGGCCUCGACCUGCCCCACGGUGGUCAUUUGUCCCACGGAUAUCAGACUCCUCAGAAGAAGAUUUCUGCUGUGUCCACCUACUUUGAGACCAUGCCCUACCGUGUCAACGAGGAGACCGGCAUCAUCGAUUACGACAUGCUGGCCAAGAACGCCGUCCUCUACCGUCCCAAGGUUCUCGUUGCCGGAACUUCCGCCUAUUGCCGUGAGAUCGACUACAAGCGCAUGCGCGAAAUCGCCGACUCCGUCGGUGCCUACCUGAUGGUUGACAUGGCCCACAUCUCCGGUCUCGUUGCCGCUGCUGUCAUCAAGAGCCCCUUCGAGUAUGCCGAUAUCGUCACCACUACCACCCACAAGUCGCUCCGUGGUCCCCGUGGUGCCAUGAUCUUCUUCCGUCGUGGUGUCCGCAAGGUCGAUGCCAAGGGCAACAAGACCUUGUACGAUCUUGAGAACCCCAUCAACUUCAGUGUCUUCCCCGGUCACCAGGGAGGUCCCCACAACCACACCAUCACUGCUCUGUCUGUUGCCCUGAAGCAGACCAUGACCCCGGAGUUCAAGACCUACCAGCAGCAAGUGGUGAAGAACGCGAAGGCCCUGGAAGUCGAGUUCAAGCGUUUGGGUUACAACCUCGUCUCUGACGGAACCGAUUCGCACAUGGUUCUCCUCAACCUGCGCGAGAAGGCCCUCGAUGGCGCCCGUGUCGAGGCCGUCCUCGAGGCUGUCAACAUCUCUUGCAACAAGAACGCCAUCCCCGGCGACAAGUCUGCGCUCACCCCUUGCGGAAUCCGUAUCGGUACCCCCGCUGCCACCACCCGUGGUUUCUCGGAGCAGGACUUCGUCCGCGUCGCUGGCUACAUUGAUCAGUGCAUCGCCCUGGCCAAGAAGAUCCAGAGCGAGCUGCCUAAGGAGAAUAACAAGCUCAAGGACUUCAAGACCAAGGUCUUUGCCGGUGUUCCCGAACUUCAGGAGCUCAAGAAGGAGAUCUGUGCCUGGGCUUCCACUUUCCCCCUGCCCAUCUAAAUCUUCAUUUCUACUUAAUCUCUUGAUUUUUUUGUAUGCCUAGCCUUUCCUUUUUCCUUUUUCUGGGUCAUGUGGUGCGAAAAGUGCUUCAACUCACAGUGUUUUACUCGGGUCAUGGGACAUGAUUCGAUGGUGUUUUUGGGAUGGCUUGUUUUUUUCCGCGACGGAUGGUGGGAUGGGUUUUGCGGAGGGACGUAUACUAUAUGUAAGAUAUAUGCUCAUAGUCUCAACGCUGAUGAGGAUAUGAAUCGAAUCAACGAUUGCCCUU